GGGAGCUGUCCUGCCCUGUCACACAGAAACCGGGAGGCUCUUGUGGUGGAUGGGUCUUGUCUUCAGGCUGCUAUAUUCAUCUGCCUCUUCCUAAAGAACUUUUCUGCUCAUCUCCUCCAAAUCCAUGGAGUCUGCUUUUGGGGCUGCACUCAUUUUGAUGCUUGUGUCUGCAUCAGCAGCCCAGAAUGAUUGCAUGUGUCCAACAAAUAAACGGGCACAGUGCAGGACGGACUCUGGUAGCUGCAUCUGCACAGCGAUCGGUUCGAAUCAGAGACUGGACUGUUCAAUGCUGACUUCAAAAUGUCUGCUGAUGAAGGCAGAAAUGAACCGCAUACAACCCAGGACCUUUAAAAAGCCCAAACAUGGCUUUGUGGACAAUGAUGGACUUUAUGACCCAGACUGUGAUGCCAGGGGCUUCUUCAAAGCCAGGCAGUGUAAUCAGACAGAGACUUGUUGGUGUGUGAACAGUGCUGGGGUAAGAAGAACUGACAAGGGUGAUCUCAAUAUGAGGUGCAGUGAACUUAUCAGAACAAACAGGAUCUCUAUUGGGCUAAAGCACCAAGUGCGAAAAUCUCCCUUCCUCAAAUCUGAAGUGAAAAACAAUCUUCAACAGCUCAUUCAGAACCGGUACAUGCUCCAUCCAAGGUUCAUCACAGAUGUUGUGUACGACUACCCAUUCAUCCAUAUCGACUUGAAGCAGAAUGCUUCAGAGAAGUCUUUCAGAGAUGUUGAUAUUGCAGAUGUAGCUUACUACUUUGAAAAAGACGUCAAGGGUGACUCCCUUUUCCUGCCUAGUAAUGCAUUUAAUCUCUCUGUCAAUGGAGAACCUCUAGACAUUGAAGAAAUCCUAAUCUACUAUGUUGAUGAAAAACCACCAGAGUUCUCUAUGAAGCGCCUGACAGCAGGUGUUAUUGCAGUGGUGGUGGUGGUAGUCUUGGCCAUUGUUAUUGGGAUAACUGUGCUUGUGAUUACCGGGAGGCGAAGGACUGGCUCGUAUGAGAAGGUUGAGAUUAAGGAGAUGGGAGAAAUGCGAAGAAGACAAAAUUCAUAGGUGCCUUAAUUUGACUGUAGGACUAAGAUUUUGACAUUGAUACAAUGGAAAGAAGAUGGCAAGAUUUCUACCGCGUCUUUUGAAGAUGGGGAGGGUGCUUGCUUUAAGAGCAACAGUUCUAUCAAAACGUCUACAAUUGCAGAUUGGAAAAGUGAUAGGGAUAUAGUUAGCAUUUUCCUUUAAUUAUAGUAUACUAUGUGAUGAAAUUAAAUUGAGAUGAGUAUCAAUGUCUCAAGGACAAAAUCCUUGUACUAUACUCACUCCUGAACUUUUCUAGUUUCAUAGUUAGUUUUUUUUAAAAAGAAAACAAUGUUCCAUAGCUACACAGCUUAAUUUAUAUUGACUGCAUUUCUAUACCUGUUUUGUGUGUGUAUAUGUGUAGCUGUUUUUCCUUCUCCAGUACUUUUUGUUCCAUGUUGCUACAGUGUGUGUGUUCUGUCUGUACAUUUAAGACUGACUUUCUAUUAUUAAAAACGUUACCUUUGACAAAAC